AUGGCGGCAAUUAUAGAAAGUGAAUUCGAAAGAUACGAAAACAUCUUUGUUGAUACCAUUCAGACAUCCAUAACAACGGUCGCCAUGUCUGUUGUUGGGGUUACCGGCGGGACAAAGAAAAACCAAAGGGAAGAAAGAUAUUCUGACCAAGGAGCUUUCAUCGAUCCCAACAGGGGCAGAGAGAAUGAGGCGUAUGUUGAUGACGACUCCAUCCUACCCAGUGCUUCAGAGGAGCAGGCCAAUGAUUCAGCGACUUCCAAACAAAUGCACAGAGACACCAGUGCGUCCUACCAGGUCGAUCAGUCAUCAGGAGUAACUGAUGUCAAGGUGACCAUCGUAGAUGACGUUGAACAAGAGACCAGUUCGUCUGACGAGGUGGAUGAUACCACACAGCAGAGUGAAGCUCCUCCGAGGUCUGAUGCUCAAAGCAGCGUCAGGAGUGAAACUGAAAAGACUGAAUCAGGACAAUAUCAAGACCACGAAGAAGUCAUCAGAGCAGACCAUGGCGUCGACGAAAAUGGAGAACAACAGGCACCGAACGCGGAAGACAACCGCGACCCAGAAAAUAACCAGAAAAGAUCAGAAUCUACUAGCCUUAAUCAGCAGUUUGCUAACCAUGCCGUCGCUGUUAUCUGUCUAUUGCUUUGCGUUAGCGCCUGCUUGGUAAACAUUGCCUCUAUCUUUCUCACGGUUUCAUGCCUGUGGGGUCUAUCCCCCGAUGUGAGUGAUGGGAACGUUGUUUAUUCAAAAGGGAACAACACUAUCACAUGUGAUCCAUACGAGUCUCAGGAAAACAUACCGUACAAUCUUAUCGACCUCCUACUAGCGUUACAACCGAUUGUUGUUAUAGUUCUCUGGAAAUACGGAGGUAUUGCUGAAAGAAUAGAGAAAUACGAGGAAAAGGGUGAUUACGAAGAAGAGCAAAAGGACAAUACUACCGCAGACGUCGCACUGGUUAUUUCGUUAUGAUUACCAUAGCCCUGUUUUUCCUUCUUCACUGUGUAGAGUGCGCAACCUGUUCUUUUUCUAGUCCAACUAUUUUCUUUGGAACAUUGGUCCGCGGUGUUCCCAAAAGCGUUUGUCCGUGGUUGAGCCUUCUGUUCCAUCUCGUGUUCCCGGGAUAUUGCCUGUAUUGUUGGUAUGCCACUAAAAUGGCCUGCGUGCUCCGCAGACGAGCGUACUACAUUCGGAAGUACAUCCAAUCGGGCAAGAGUUCGACCAUUUUCGAUGAAAACGUAGGUCGGCCCGAUAUAAUUCGGAGAAAACUUAACGACAACAUUUUCGACGACAAUUGGCACAGUGAAAUUUGGGAGAACAUUUCCUUCCUCAUGAACAUCAUGAUGUUCUUCAGCGCUACGUUGGUACUGUUGUACACCCAUGUGUAUGUAUCCGAAGUCCGCCUAACCCUAGGGGAAUGGACAACUCACUUCAUGCGACUUGUUUCUAUAGCCACCCUUUCCGUUGUCCCGUACAUACACGUUGCUUUUGCCUGCGUCCGUGUGACUGAAGCCUAUAGUUACAUAGCGGAGAGUAUGGGUGGUGCAUUUCAAGAGUCAUACAGUCAUACUUCGAUCCAAGAAUCGCACGAAAAUUCCUUAGACAUUUCGCAGGAACCGGCUGGGUUAGAUGGCCGGACUUGUCCAAGUACUCAGAACAGAGACGGGGAAAAUACGUCGCUCGAGCGACUGGAAUAUCUCAUUCAAUGGCAAUUCCUGCAGAGCAAGGUGUACAAAAAGUGUAAGGAUGGGUUGACAUCUGGGAUAUUGGGUUCGUCGUACACUACCCGCAGCGGUGUCCACUUGGCGUCGCUAGGCGUAAUUAUCGCUAUGACAUGGGAGGUUCUGGACCGUCUGAAUGACUUUGACGUGGAGAGAGCAAUCGCGCUUGGGAACACGAGGCAGGAAGCUUUCAUCGUGACUCUCUUUGGUGUUCUUGCCUUCGUACUCUGGAUCUCAGCUGCCAGCAUCCUUUUAUGCUAUCGUUUAACGCACAAGAUAUGUGACUGCACCAAGUGUUUUGCACCACAUGCAGUAAAUAGGCGACUGAUUGUGUACAUAGUUCUUACAAUUCUUUACUUCCUCGGCAUGUACGUGGCUUUCUAUCUUGUCGUUUAUCAGGACAGUUAUUGUUACAGUUCAUCCAACCCUCUGUUCGUAUAAGGUAAAAAAAAGGCAAGAGUAGUCCAUAGCCUUUUAAGGCCGUAGAGCCAGUGGGUUGUUAUUCACCGUGUAUAUGGGAGGCGGCCUUCAACCCUCUCCUUCCACCGCUGUUUACCUCCCCAACCGAAUUCAGGCUAGGUUCCCAUUUUAAAGUCGUUCAAAGUGGCUUUCCCAAAUGUGCAUAAGUGUUCAUGUAUCUUUUCAAAGUGCUGAGAGUAAAUAUUGUCCAGUUUGGAUUGUCUAGGAUGUCAUCUUUAUACCGUGGCAUUUCGAAGUGGAGUGAUAAGAUACUUACGUGUUCCUUUCAUCAUUGAUUGAAUUGAAAGACGCUAUAAUUUCAUCCCGUGAACUAUAUUGGAACGUAUCAGAAUGAAAGUUUAUUCGUGUUGGCUGAAUUGAUAGUGGUAUGAAAGAGAUGAGAUGUACAUUGUAUAUUCCUGUACGACAGUUUACGCUGUAUUAUUAAAAAUGAUAGACGUUUAAUUGCAA